GUAUUUAUCGAUAACUCUCGAAUCGAUUGUGUUGCACAUGUUUUGGGUUUUUCGUGUUACGCGGUCUUUUCUUAAUAAAUUGUAAAUUAUUAAAUUUGUAUAAUGUUGGCGCCUAUAAAACACUUGUUAAACAAUUAUCGAAUAGUUCUGGCAAGCGGCUCGCCACGUCGACAGGAACUAGUACAAAUGCUGGGUCUCAGUGCGGAGCUCUGCCCUUCGACAUUUGAAGAGAAUCUUAAUAGGACAGACUUCAAAGACUUCUCCGACUACAUAGAGGCGACUGCCUUGGGAAAGGCAGAGGAAGUCUUUCAGCGGUUGAGCAGGGUGGGCCAUGGCGAUGGCCGUCAACUGAUUGUCAUAGCGGCUGAUACGAUGGUUACGUUUGGCAAAGAGGUCUUCGGAAAGCCCAAGGAUGCGGACGAUGCUGUGCGCAUGCUGACAAAGCUCUCCGGCGCCUGCAAUCGCGUCUUUACGGGCGUCGUCCUCAAACAUUCGAAUGCCGUUCGUCAAUUUACGGACACGGCGGACGUGUACUUUGGCCAACUGACAGAGGAGCAGAUCCAGAGCUAUGUGGACAGCGGUGAUCCACUUGAUAAGGCUGGCGCCUAUGGGGUGCAAGGUCCUGGCGGAGCAUUAAUACAUCGCAUCGAUGGUGACUUCUACUGUGUGAUGGGCCUGCCACUGCACCGUCUGUGCUGCGAGCUAAACAAACUCUUUCUGGAGGAUCUCUAGUGCGUAGCAACGAAAGAAAAACAAGAAUACAAUGAAAAGCAACGAGUUAUGCUUAUCAAAAUCCGAAAUUUGUAAUCUUGCACGUCAUAGGCUACACUUCAAGCGCUAUGAGUCUGUAUAGUUGAUAAGGCGUCGUAUUUGUGUUAGUAAUAAUUGUUCGUUUUUGUUUGUCUAUAGACUAAUUCAAGAGUACAAAUUAAAAAAAAAAAAACAACUAAAGAAAAAAAAGCAUUUUUUUGCCCUCCUUUUUACACUUAAAGUCAAAUGGUUGUGUUAUUUAUACUA